CCCGAGGGAGCCUGUCAGGGAAGCUCCUCCCCGCAGCGGCCGGGAGAGCCGCACAGCCGGAGCCGGAGACGCUCCCGGGCCUGACCGCGCAGCAAGCAGCCCAGCGCCGCUCCGCCAGCCUCGGCCGCAGCCCGACUGUUGCUCCAGGAAGUGACCAUGGCUAGCCUACAUGAGCAGAGAUUUACAGAGGAGAAGCCUCUGCUCCGUGGACAGGAUGCUGAGAUGGAGAAUUCAGACACUUUCCUGCCUGCAGUGGACACUGACUGGAAGGAGCAUGACAUCGAGACACCGUAUGGACUGCUGCAUGUUGUCCUUCGGGGAUCCGCCAGAGGGAACCGCCCAGCUCUCCUGACUUACCAUGAUGUGGGGCUCAAUCACAAGCUCUGUUUCAACACUUUCUUUAACUCUGAGGAAAUGCAAGAGAUCAUGAAGCACUUUGUGGUGUGCCAUGUGGAUGCGCCUGGGCAGCAGUCUGGGGCCUCCCAGUUUCCCCAGGGGUAUCAGUACCCGUCCAUGGACCAGUUAGCUGCCAUGUUGCCCAGUGUGGUCCAACAUUUUGGGUUCAAGUAUGUGAUUGGAAUUGGAGUUGGAGCAGGUGCCUAUGUUCUUGCCAAAUUUGCACUGAUCUUCCCAGAUCUGGUGGAAGGCCUCGUUCUGAUCAAUGUUGACCCAAAUGCCAAAGGGUGGAUUGACUGGGCUGCCGGCAAGCUCUCUGGCCUGACCAGCACAUUAUCUGACAUGGUGCUGUCUCAUCUGUUCAGCCAGGAGGAGUUGGCCAAUAACGUGGAGCUGGUGCAGAGCUAUCGCCAGCAAAUUGCCAGCACAGUGAACCAGUUCAACCUGCAGCUCUUCUGGAGUAUGUACAACAGCCGCAGAGAUCUGGAGAUGAACCGCCCUGGCAGUGCGCCCAAUGCCAAGACGCUCCGUUGCCCAGUGAUGCUGGUGGUGGGUGACAAUGCCCCUGCAGAAGAUGGUGUGGUUGAAUGCAACUCCAAGCUGGACCCAACCACCACCACUUUCCUGAAGAUGGCUGAUUCCGGAGGGCUUCCCCAAGUGACUCAGCCUGGGAAACUGACUGAGGCGUUCAAGUACUUCCUGCAAGGAAUGGGCUACGUGGCGUACCUGAAGGACCGGCGGCUGAGUGGAGGAUCAGUGCCCUCGGCCAGCAUGACGCGCCUGGCCCGCUCGCGCACAGCCUCCCUCACCAGUGCCAGUUCGGUGGAUGGCAGCCGUCCCAGAGCCUGCACCCACUCCGAAAGCAGUGAAGCUAUGGGCCAGAUCAACCACACCAUGGAGGUGUCCUGCUGAGAGUCCCCAGAACCUCCCCUUGGCCACCAUCUUUGUUCGGGGAGCUGUGGCCACCCACCAUUGCAUUACUCACCAGCCGCUGUUUUUGCUGCUUCUCGUGGCUUCUGUUUCCUUGUCUGCCCAUCUCUCCCAAUGCCAUGACAGAUUCAAAGUGAAAGCAGCAGCUUCCUACCCAAGGCUGCCUUCCUGUGUUAGAGAUGUCAUUUUAGAGUGACUGUGUUCCCGUGCUCCAAUCGGUCCUUCGCAAGCAGCCCUGCUGGUUCCUGUAGCAACACACCUGGCCUGUGCCCCCAGAACAGGGAGGCAAGCAGGGCACUGCUUGGGAUUGGCCAGCCUGAAGGCGUUUCCCCUCAAAGGACGUGCCCCAGCAAGGGUCUGCUCCUGGCCUUUGGUGGGAAUGGGAAAUGGCCGCAUUGAAAGGAUAGUGCAGCCUCACCACUUGGAAGUUGGUCUGUAACUCAACUCAAGCAGCAGCAGCAGCAGCUCCCGCAGAUAGAUGCUUGAGCUGCAGGUGAUUCUAGCAGCUGGGCAGGAAUUGCAAAGUGGGCCAGGCACGAGGCUUGCAAGCGGGAGGGGCUUGUGUGGGAAGUUCCCCUCUGCCCUCCACUGCCUGGGUGGCAGGGAGCCCCGAGGGAGGAGGCCUUGCUUGAGGCUCAUAGCGGGAGCAGCAGGCGAUGCCGGCCGGAGGGGAGGUCUGUUCCAAGUGCGGCUCUCCAUCUUCUGGAGCCGCUUGAUCCCCGUCCGCAGCCAGGCUCCCGCUGCAGGGGACAGGAUGGUGCUGAUCCGCCCUCCUAGCAGCCCCUCCCCAGCGGUAGGGAGGAGCGCGGGCUGGGCUGGGUCGGCAGCAGCCGCCGCCGCCCCGCCACCGAG